GCAACCAUGCCUCAGAGAUUUUCACAAGCGCAUCGGAGGACGCCUACACGCCUGUGCCACGGCCCGGAGUGGACGAGCGGUCCUCAAUGGACGAGCGGCCCUCCACACUCCGCAGUCGCUGCACCGUCUGCCCUCAUGCAGGUACAAUCAGCAUUCUCGGUCCCGUCGGACAUGACGAGCUUUUAUUCGCAUACGCCUCUUUUCGGAGGCGUCGGGAAUGGGGUCGACAAAUUGGCAUCCCUGGAGUGAUCGUGUGGUGUCCGUGGGAGGUUUGGGGACGUUUUCUCGCCCUCACCUGGCCGACCUGCGUCCCGUCUUGCAUCUCCCGCUCAGGAUGAGUGCAUUGAGGCAAGUUUACCAGCUCAGCCCCAUGACGAUACAGGUCAGCGUGGGAUUGUCAAAAAUCAAAUACGAUCGUCCACUACCGAAGGCUUUGGGACGUUACAUUAGCGUACCUGUCACUAUUUCCAGGUCAUGUCCGCACCGGCAUGUGAAUCCUGAACAUGAGAGGUCACCUCCCAUUGUGCCGCCUCGAAUCUUGCCCUGCCUCGAAUGCCCCCCGUCUCGGAUUCCCCAACUUAGCCCACCCUGCUAUCCCCCUGGCCGUCUCUUGCGUGGAAUGGCAUGCCCCUGGCUGAUUGCCGAGACGUCAAAACCUCACUGGCACGCCUCAAUCUCUUCCCGAGUCAUAGCCGGCUUCUCAAGUCUGCCCGACCGGAGCCCUGCCGAAUUACUCAGUUCUGUGUAAGGCGGCGUGCUUGGCCUGUCGGUUCAUGUAGCCCAGACGGUCCAACGGGCGCUUGGCCAGGAGCUAAUGUUGGUCUGAAUCAACCUCAAAGCCACCAACUGAUGCAUCUCCGCCUUUGUCCCCAGACGGCUCUACCAACAUACCUGCAGAUCAGACCAUCGCGGGUAAGCUAACAGCCCAGUAGCGAGGGAGGCGGUACGCCAUCAAUAUUGUCUCCCUUCAAGCC